AUGCUGGCGUACGGCAAAUACAUUAGACUGACAGCUGGCAACUCAGGCAACGCAUACUGGUUAGAGGACAAGCAGACGUUCUAUCUGAACGGCCGACCAAUCGUCAUCAGCCGCUUCUGCAAGAUGGCGCAGGACUUGUUGGCUGAAACAGAGCAGAUGCUAUGGGAGCUGUGCUGGGCAGACGGCAAGGAAGAGCGGGUUACCGUUGAUUUGAAGCAAGUAGUCAACGACGUCACGUUUACAAAACGACGCACGUCGUUUGUCGACGCUCCAGGCAACAAACUGCAAGGCGGGCUGGCUUGGAUGCUUAGGAGAGCAAUGACUACAGCAGGCGGGCUGCGAUUAACGCGUGCGGACGGGCACGUGCACAUCACGUCAGGACAGCCCAGGCGUGGGUCAGAGAUCACGACGAUUUGGCACCGCAACAGCGUGCUGCAGGACCGCAACAUCUUCGUUGUGGACGGGCAGGUGAUAACAGUGGUCCGCUAUCACAAGUCGCAGUUGCAGUGGGACAAGCCGAAGAUUGUGCCGCGCUUCUUGCCGCUGCAGCUGGGGCAGGUGAUAGCGGUGUACUUGGUCUACGUACAGCCGUUCCGCAAGUAUCUGACGCUGCAGGUGCUGGGCGGCAGCUACAGCGACUACGUGUGGCACAACGCGCAGGGCGCGUGGGACACCAGCCGGCUCACGAGGGUGCUGAAGCGCGAGACAGGGAAGAGGCUGGGCGUGGUGCUGCACACGCUGGAGUACCGGCACACGGCAGUAGGUAUCAGGCGAGUCAAGGUGGGAGAGUCGUUCAGCAGGGGCUAUCAGGACGACGUUGGCGAGACAGAAGAGGCGGAAGUGGACGAUGAUGGCGAAGAGGUUCUUAAGCUGCAGAACUCACGCACAACCGCGAUAGGGGUAGGCAACUACAGCGUGCCGAUAGAUAUUGUGAAGCAUCUCAGCGUGCGGUCUAUUAAUGCGUUCCGGCCGCUUAGCGCAGCAUGGCACCGCUUCUUAGGGGUGGAUGGGAGCGCAGCGAAGCCCGUAGAGCCGAGCAGGACAACGAAGCGACAGAUGAGCAACAGCACGUCGUCGGCGCUUGUUGGGCUGCCGAAAGAGAAAGAAGUGCGGUUUGCAGACCUGCGGGCAGACGCAAUACACAGGGGGCUGCAGCAGGUGCUAGGCAAGCAAGACGUUGGCUUUUGA